GACGGUGGCGGCGGCGGGGCGGACGCUGGCGGAGCCGGGCCGGUCAUGACGGCGCUGACGCCGCUGCUCGUCCCGGAGCAUUUCCCCAACGUCCCUCUCAUCGCCGUGACGCGCAACCCCGUCUUCCCGCGCUUCAUCAAGAUCAUCGAGGUAAAAAAUAAGAAGCUGGUUGAGCUGCUGAGGAGGAAAGUUCGUCUUGCCCAGCCUUAUGCUGGUGUUUUUCUUAAAAAGGAUGAUAACAAUGAAUCUGAUGUGGUGGAGGAUCUGAAUGAAAUCUACCAGAUGGGAACUUUUGUACAGAUUCAUGAAAUGCAGGACCUUGGAGACAAGUUGCGUAUGAUAGUCAUGGGACAUCGAAGGAUUCGUAUAAACAAGCAACUAGAGGUUGAGCCUGAGGAGCCUGAGAACAAACAGAAAAUUAGAAGGAAACAGAAGCGCUCUAAGAAAGAGGCUGAAGAGGAGCCUGGAGCAAAAGACCAAGCUGUGGAAGUGGUACUAGAUCCUGUAGCUGCUUCCUCGCAGGAAGUUCUCAUGGUAGAAGUAGAGAACGUGGUUCAUGAAGAUUUUCAGAUCACAGAAGAGGUUAAAGCACUUACUGCAGAAAUUGUCAAAACAAUCCGGGACAUCAUUGCCUUGAACCCCUUGUACAGAGAGUCCGUACUUCAGAUGAUGCAGGCAGGACAACGUGUGGUAGAUAACCCUAUCUAUCUGAGUGACAUGGCUGCAGCACUAACAGGGGCAGAGUCACAAGAACUUCAAGACAUCUUGGAAGAAACCAGUAUUCCCAAACGGCUUUACAAAGCCCUUUCCCUUCUAAAGAAGGAAUACGAGCUGAGCAAACUUCAGCAGCGUCUUGGAAGGGAGGUUGAGGAGAAGAUCAAGCAAACACAUCGCAAAUAUCUUCUCCAAGAGCAAUUGAAGAUCAUUAAGAAAGAGUUAGGUCUGGAAAAAGAGGACAAGGAUGCUAUAGAAGAGAAAUUCCGUGAGCGACUAAAGGAGCUGGUAGUGCCAAAACAUGUCAUGGAUGUGGUUGAUGAAGAGUUGAACAAGUUGGGCUUGCUGGAUAAUCACUCCUCAGAAUUCAAUGUUACACGGAACUACUUGGACUGGCUGACAUCCAUCCCGUGGGGUAAGUGUAGCGAGGAGAACCUGGAGCUGACCAGAGCCCAAGCAGUUCUGGAGGAGGAUCAUUAUGGAAUGGAUGACGUCAAGAAGCGAAUUCUGGAAUUUAUAGCAGUCAGCCAGCUGCGAGGAUCCACCCAGGGGAAGAUCUUGUGUUUUUAUGGCCCCCCUGGGGUCGGCAAAACCAGCAUUGCCCGCUCCAUUGCCAGAGCCCUAAACAGAGAGUACUUCCGCUUCAGUGUUGGAGGGAUGACUGAUGUAGCAGAAAUAAAAGGACACAGGAGGACAUAUGUUGGAGCAAUGCCAGGAAAAAUCAUCCAGUGUCUGAAGAAGACCAAGACAGAGAAUCCGCUUAUACUGAUCGAUGAGGUGGAUAAAAUAGGAAGAGGAUAUCAAGGGGAUCCAUCCUCAGCCCUUCUAGAGCUGUUGGACCCAGAACAGAACUCUAACUUCUUGGAUCAUUACCUUGAUGUUCCUGUGGAUUUAUCAAAGGUGCUUUUUAUUUGUACUGCCAAUGUAACGGAAACCAUUCCAGAGCCACUGCGGGAUAGAAUGGAAGUGAUAAAUGUAUCAGGAUAUGUAGCAGAAGAGAAACUUGCAAUUGCAGAGAGGUACUUGGUCCCUCAAGCACGAGUUCUGUGUGGCUUGGAUGAAAACAAAGCCAAAAUCACAUCGGAUGUCCUGACUGUUCUCAUCAAGCAGUACUGCAGAGAGAGUGGGGUGAGAAAUCUGCAGAAACAAAUAGAAAAGGUAUUGAGGAAAUCUGCCUAUAAAAUUGUGAGUGGAGAAGCAGAGAUGGUCCAAGUAACACCUGAAAACCUGCAGGACUUUGUAGGAAAGCCCAUCUUCACUGUGGAUCGCAUGUAUGAAACCACUCCUCCAGGAGUGGUGAUGGGUCUGGCCUGGACAGCUAUGGGAGGUUCCACUCUGUUUGUUGAAACGUCCCUGAGGCGACCCAGAGACAAGGAGAACAAGGAUGGGUCCCUUGAAGUAACAGGGCAACUGGGAGAUGUAAUGAAAGAGAGCGCCAAAAUAGCUUACACAUUUGCAAGAGCCUUUCUGAUGCAGAAGGACCCCAAGAAUGACUUUCUCAUGUCUUCCCAUAUCCACUUGCAUGUGCCAGAGGGAGCAACACCAAAGGAUGGACCAAGUGCAGGCUGUACUAUAGUGACAGCUUUGCUAUCACUAGCCAUGAAUUGCCCAGUGAGGCAGAACGUGGCCAUGACGGGAGAGGUGUCAUUAACUGGAAAAAUUCUUCCUGUUGGUGGAAUCAAGGAGAAGACUAUUGCGGUAAGAGCUCUUCUCUUGUCUCUGUGCAUCACCUGUGGGAGAGAGCCCUGGAUUGGGCUCAGCGGUGACUGGGACAACCAGAGCGAUUGCCUCUGUAGUGAGAGAGGCAGUGAUGCAAUAUACGCUGUGGAGAAGCCUGCUGGGGGAACAUGGGGAUCUUGCCUAUGCCUCGGGCUGUGAGGAAGGAGAUGGGACCCCAGGCUUUGUGCCAGGGCAUCUGUGUUGACCUAGUUACUGGACUGGUAGAGUUAAGGGUGGAAGGUACCAUCUGGCUGUUAAAGCUGUCUUCUCUAUCACAGACUGGUAUGGUCCAAUAAUCGGUGCUGGGUUGAAGUGCCUGUUUAAGGAGGGCAUCCAGUGUAGAUUUGAUGGUAUCUAUAAGGUAUCAUCCUUAACAUUAAGGCUCUGUUCCCUAGUUCCAGCUUGAAUUUGUCUGACUUAAAAUUUCAUGUAAAUAACACUAUGUUUUUCUGUUUUAGAUGGAAGGAACUUAAUUUUUGUGUCUUGCAUUUUCCCCUGUGAAGUUUCUUUGUACCUCAUAAUCAAGUUACUUAAUCCUCUUCUCCCCUGCCCCCCCUCCCCAAGUUAUAUAGACAGAGUUCUCUGAUGCACUCUUGCAAGCACUGGAUUUAUAGUGGUGCUUGCUUUUUUGGUUUCAACCCUUUGCAGUUUUCAGAAUUCUUUUCCAAGCAUUGAAUCUCCCUCCGUACUUUUCAUCUGCACAGCUCCAGCCUACCUCAGCCUUGCAUCACACACAUUUUUCUGUCUUCAGGAACGGUAUUAGCUCUUUCAGUAGCCUGUUGAGCUGGGGCUUCACAUCAGCGUGCUGUCCCCAAAUCUGUUUGGGCUACAGCCUUGUGCAAUGCGAUUCUUCUUCCUCAUGUGGCUUUAAAAUGGGUAAUUUUGCAUUUUGUUUUGUGGUAGUCAUUACAGGAGGACUAACAUGAUGCCACUUGAUGAGUGGGCUCCACUUUUUGUGCUCCUUCCGAUGUGGAUGUCCGUAUCAAAAGGUUCUGUAGAAUGGUGCUGUGGGUCAUGCGUGUUGAUGUGGUGGGUUGUCUGAUAAGCUGUUUCUAAUUCUUCCUUUGAUUCUAGGGUUUAUCCUCACCCAAGUUGGAACAGACUUUUAAAACUCUGUGAAAUAGUAUGAUUUGUUCUAAACAAUCCCCCAAUGUGCUGACAUAGUCCUACUAAAAUCCCUCCAGCUUCAGCUGUCCCUGCAGCUGAGACGGGUGGGACUGGAGAGCGUGUGUUUUGGGGGCUGGGGGGAUCUAGAACAUGAUCCAUCCUUAGUGACAUCUUCUGUAAGUAAUGCCCUUGCUGCUCUCCAAAGAACAAAGUAAAGCCAGAUCAUGCUCCUAGGUAACUGUUCCUGUUCUUGCUCUCUAAAAUGGGAGAGUGUGUUUCUGGUAGAUUGAUGGAUUUCUAGGACUCAACAAACGGCAUAACUUUCUUUUCCCCAUAGGCGAAGAGGGCAGGUGUUACCUGCAUCAUUCUGCCAUCAGAGAAUAAAAAGGAUUAUUAUGACCUUG